AUGGCCGAUAUACAUAAUCGACUUGCUCUUCGUGGAGAAGGCACCAAAGGAAAAGGCACACAUGAUCCAGCCAAAUUUCUCCCUCAACUACCGGAAGUUCGUGUUCAACCACAGUGGACUACACCUCGACCGCCACUAUUCGUUCCUGGCAAGAGUAAAUUGAACGAAGUUGCCACUGAUAAUGAACGAUUUCUUCAAGAACUUCUCGAAAACGAUCCAAAGAGAAAACGCUUGCAUGGACCAACGCGUAGUCCUGAUGCAAAGGCAUUAGAAAUUGCACAUCGCCAAAUGGUUGACACGAAAAAACAACGUGAAGAUUUUCGCAAAGCUCUUGUUGAUAUAGUGACACGUAGAGAAAACAACGGUACGAAUGAUCUAAAUGAUCUCUAUCAGAACGAAGAUGAGAAUACACCUGGUGCAUCGGAUACGUUAACAUCCGCGGAAAAAGAUAUCUUACGUUAUCAUUUCUACGUUCGAAAUGGAAUUGACACCGAAUAUGUGGCUGAAUUAGACGAACAUCGUAUACAUGAUACACUUUCACGUCUUCCAAAUGAUUUACGACAGAGUUGGGAACCACUGGUUAGUUCUCUAACUGAUGAAAUGAAAGAAGAUUAUUUAUUGAGCGUUAAAAAAGCCAUCGUUGACUUUGUUCUUCGUGAUCCACAUGAAGCACAAGAAGAACCUAAAGAAGAAAGUCUUCCACAUCGACAAGAAAUUGCUGUUUUACCAAAACCAUGGCACUCAUCAUUUGUUCUUGCACAACGAAACAUGGAGAAAAACCUUCAUGCCAUCAAUCCAGCGAUGGCACAAGUUUUAUCAAUGUGGCAUAAGAAUGUGUUCAAACGAUUGAGAAUUAUCGAUUGUGAUGAAUUUCGUGAACGAACAGAUGCAAUUGAACUUUCGACAUUUCAUUCGAUAUGUAAACGCCAUAUGGACUCUGCCAGAGAACAAUUAGCAAAAAAAUGGAUAAGUGAUAUUCAAACAAUUUUCUAUCAAGGUCAUAAACGAGGCAUUGUUCCCAGUCAAGACGAUCCGAAAUUUCGUUCAUUUUUCAAUACUGUUGCUACGUUAAUGACACAAUGUUUACAAGAUAUGGCGCUAUUCAGCAUUGAAGAUUAUACCAAUCUACUUAUCACACCACCUGAAUCGAUCAAAAGCUAUGAACAUAGCGGCUUUGUUGUUAACAUGUUCUUAAGUGAUGAAGGAAUCAAAUUUGAACCAUCGCUAAAUGAUUUCGAAACAGUUUUUCUCUCCAUGUAUAAUUUAAUCAUUGCUAAAUGCAGCAAUUUGCCAAGAAUCGAAGCCAAACUAUUUUCCGAUCGGGCAGCUAAUCAGAAUGACGGUCAAAGUUUAGUACCAGUUAUUCUUCCGUCGAUUCUUGAAUCACAUAAAGAACGUGUACGUGAAAUGUUAGAAGCUGAAUUCGAGGGUCCAACUGAACACGCAUCAACAUUCGAACAGUAUAACGUAUUGAUAACUAAACAGGCUGAUGCUGAUGUUGAACAAUUUCUGAACGAAGAACAUUCGUUCAAUGAUUACAUACAAGAAGUUCGAAAGUACAAAGCCAAAAUCGAAGAAAUUACAUAUACAUUGGAAAAAGUCGUUCGCCGUGGCAUGUUCGAAAUCCAUUGUAAUGAUCUAAUACGAUCAUUGGCCAAACGAGCCGAAGUUUGCAUGAAUCGGCUACUUGAACGAAUGGUCAAAGUACACCGAGAUUUAGGCGAAGAAUUAAUCGGUCAAUUCGAGCGUAUCGCUGAACAAGCUGUGCGCACACCAAUGAGUACAGCUGAAUUAAUGGAAAUCAUCGCAUUCAUAACGAAAUCAAAAACGCAAACCAUACCUGACCUGGAAAAGCGUCUUGUUCAAGCCAAAGAUGAAUUGCUCUUCUUACUCGACAAUAUUGAAUUACCACCCGCAGAUUUACGUUUGAACACAAGUAUGUUCUCAUGGAUCGAACGUAUGCCAGCCGCAUUCGAUGAACAUGCAACAAUUGUUAAAGAAAAAACCGAACAAUUCAAAGAUGCGUUGACAUUAAAACGUGAACGUUUUGUGGAAGAAUUGGACAAUUAUGCCAAACAAGUCGAAGAACUUCAGGAAAUGGGUAACAUCAAAGAAUUACCACGCUAUCAUAGAAAAGCGCAACAUCUCGAACAAAAACUAACUCAAGCGGCUGAUCGAAUUGAACAAUUCAAUGUUGAAGAAGAAUCAUUCAAAUGGGACACAACAAGUUAUCCAAUUCGUCAACAAACUUUGAAUCAGUUACAACCAUAUUUGAAAUUAUAUGAAACAGGUGUUGAAUUCACCAAUAAACUUGUUGAUUGGACAGAAGGUCCAAGAAGUAAAGUUACACCCGAUCAAGUCGAACAAGAUGUUGGUAAUUACGAACGACAGUUAUUUAAACUCGAACGUCAAUUCAAUAACAAUCCUCAACCACGUAAAAUGGCCAAUCGUUUACGUGUACAAGUCGGAGAAUUCAAAGAGAAGAUGCCGUUGGUACAAACAUUAUUCAAUCCUGGUCUACGUGAUCGUCAUUGGGAACAAAUAUCAGCAAUUAUUGGACGACCAUUCAAGCCUGAUGAUGAUACGAAUCUAAACAAAAUUAUCGAAAUGGAUUUAAUACAAUUUAUACCUAAACUUGAACAAAUCAGUGAAGCAGCAUCGAAAGAAUUCUCUUUAGAGAAAGCUCUAGAAAAAAUGAAAAAAGAUUGGCAAAGUAUCGAAUUCUCCAUUAUUCCAUAUCGUGAAACUGGUACAUACGUCAUAUCGGCUGUUGAUGAUAUCCAAUUAUUACUUGAUGAUCAUAUCGUUAAAACUCAAACCAUGAAAGGUUCGCCAUACAUUGGUCCAUUUCAAAAAGAAAUUUUGGAUUGGGAACGAACAAUGACGAUGAUGCAAGAUAUUCUUGAUGUAUGGUUAACUGUACAGAAGAAUUGGCUCUAUCUAGAACCGAUCUUCAGCAGUCCGGAUAUCAUGGCUCAAAUGCCGGAGGAAGGUCGUCGAUUUGCAUCAGUUGAUAAAACGUGGCGUGAAUUAAUGAAGCAAUGUCUCGAAGAUAAACAUGCGUUGACAAUUGUUAAAAUCGAUAAAAUGUUGGAGAAACUACGUAAAUGUGAUGCGUCCUUGGAACUCAUUCUUAAAGGUCUCAAUGCAUAUCUCGAAAAGAAACGUCUCUUCUUCGCUCGUUUCUUCUUCUUGUCAAACGAAGAAUUGUUGGAAAUCUUAUCCGAAACCAAAGAUCCUACUCGUGUGCAACCGCAUUUACGAAAAUGCUUUGAAGGUAUCGACAAAGUUCAAUUUACUGAUAGUCUCGAUAUCACACACAUGAAGUCGAGCGAAGGUGAAAUUGUUGAAUUGAAAGAAACAAUUUCGACAUCGAAAGCUCGCGGUCAAGUAGAAAAAUGGCUGUUAGAAUUAGAAGGCGUGAUGAUCGUAUCAGUUCAUAAAGUAAUUGCUGAUGCCAUGGCAGACUAUCAGAAGAAACGUCGUGUUGUUUGGGUUCGAUCAUGGAUGGGUCAAGCUGUCUUAGCUGUCUCGAUGUUCUAUUGGACAAAACAUAUUCAUCGAUCAAUUGUCGAAGGACAAGAGGCACUUCAAGCAUAUUUGCAAUUGAACAACGAUCAAAUUAAUGAAAUUGUUGAACUUGUUCGUGGUAAAUUAUCGGAACAAAAUCGUGCCACACUUGAAGCUCUUGUCGUACUUGAUGUUCACGCUCGUGAUGUGUUGACAACACUGGUAGAUGCCAAAGUUUGCAAAGAAGAUGAUUUCUUAUGGUUAGCUCAGCUCCGAUACUAUUGGGAGGAAGAAAGUCUAUUGACACGCAUGAUCAAUGCUAGUUUGAAAUAUGGUUAUGAAUAUCUUGGUAACUCUUCUCGUCUCGUUAUUACGCCAUUAACAGAUCGUUGUUAUCGUACUCUAUUUUCUGCUUUACAUUUACAUUUGGGUGGCGCUCCAGAAGGUCCUGCUGGAACCGGAAAAACUGAAACAACAAAAGAUUUGGCUAAAGCAGUUGCUAAACAAUGUAUUGUCUUCAACUGUUCAGAUGCUAUGGAUUACAAAGCAUUAGGAAAAUUCUUCAAAGGUCUUGCAUCUUGCGGUGCUUGGUCUUGUUUCGAUGAAUUUAACCGUAUUGAUCUUGAAGUAUUAUCAGUCGUCGCUCAACAGAUUUUAGUCAUUCAACGUGGUAUUACAUCGGGUGCUGACAUGAUUCAUUUCGAAGGUACCGAUAUCAAACUUGAUCCAACAUGUGCCACAUUUAUUACCAUGAAUCCUGGAUAUGCUGGUCGAUCAGAAUUACCUGAUAACUUAAAAGCGCUUUUCCGACCAGUAGCUAUGAUGGUUCCAGAUUAUAGUAUGAUUGCUGAGAUCAAAUUAUACUCAGCCGGUUUCGUCAACGCUCGCCCGUUAGCCGUUAAAAUUGUUGCAACCUAUCGUCUAUGUUCCGAACAAUUAUCAUCUCAACAUCACUACGAUUAUGGUAUGCGAGCUGUCAUUUCAGUCUUGAUCGCUGCCAAGAAUCUUAAAUUAAAAUAUCCGGAUCAAAACGAAGAUAUUCUCGUUCUUCGAUCUAUUAUCGAUGUCAAUCUACCGAAAUUCUUAGCUGGUGACUUACCACUGUUUGCUGGUAUUACCAGUGAUUUGUUUCCCGGUGUUAAACUACCAAAGCCGGAUUAUGACCAAAUGAACGCUGCUGUGGAACAAGCAUGUAAAGAUACGAAUCUUCAAUGCACACCAUUCUUCUUAGAAAAAAUCCAACAAAUUUACGAAAUGAUGAUUGUUCGACACGGUUUUAUGAUUGUCGGUGGACCUAUGGGUGGAAAAACCAGUGCAUACCGGACAUUAGGAGGGGCAUUAGCCAUUCUGCACGAAAAAGGUCAAAUGGAAGAAAACAAAGCAGAAUACACAGUCAUCAAUCCGAAGUCAGUAACGAUCGGUCAACUAUAUGGUCAAUUCGAUCCUGUUAGUCACGAAUGGAGUGAUGGUGUUUUAGCUGUUAAUUAUCGAAAAUUUGCUAUAUCAACAACACCGGAUCGUAAAUGGUUAAUUUUUGAUGGUCCAGUCGAUGCCAUUUGGAUUGAAAAUAUGAACACCGUAUUGGAUGAUAAUAAAAAAUUGUGUUUAAACAGUGGUGAAAUUAUUCAAUUAGCUAAAACAACGAAUUUAGUUUUCGAACCUAUGGAUCUUGAACAAGCUUCGCCAGCUACAGUCUCACGUUGUGGUAUGAUCUAUAUGGAACCAGCUUCACUUGGUUGGCGCCCAAUAUUCACCUCAUGGCUACAUACACUUCCACCAACUCUGACUGAAAAUCACAAGAAAUUAAUCGUUGAAUUAUUCGAACGUUUCAUUGAUCCAUGUAUUGCUUAUCUACGCAAAGGUGGAUUGAAAGAACUAUCCCCAACCAGUGAUUCUAAUCUUGUUCGCUCAUUAAUGAACAUCCUCGAUUGUCAAUUCGACAAAUUUCAAGAUCCGAAAAAGUUCGCGUCUUAUGUCACAAAAGAAGUUUUUACAUGGAUCGAAGGCAUGUUUUUCUUCGCAUUAAUUUGGUCGAUUGGUAUCACAGGUGAUACCAAUAGUCGAGUGAAAUUCGAUAUCUUCUUACGAAGAAUCAUUGCAUCGGGUCUUGACGAUGAACAAAAACGAGACUUUGGCCUUUUGGAUGCUGUACCACCACCACCGAAACCCUACACAGCAUUACUACCGGAUCAUCUAACAAUCUAUCAUUAUCAAUUCGUUUCAGAACAAUCGGAUGACAACGAAGGUCAUGAAAAACCUGCUGAUGCUGAAGAAGGAAAUCAGUAUUGGGAACCGUGGUCAUAUCAACUUCAUAACGUUCCGCCAAUUUCCAAAGAUACACUGUUCAACGAAAUUAUCGUCGAAACAUUAGAUACAAUUCGAUUUACCACACUACUAAAUAUGCUUAUCACACAUCAAAAGUCCGUGCUCGUCGUUGGUCCAACUGGUACUGGUAAAUCAGCUUAUAUCAUCGAAUAUUUAUUACGAAAAUGUGACAAAGCUGUCUACAAACCUAUCUUUAUUAACUUUUCUGCACAAACAAGCGCCAGUCAAACACAAGAUAUUAUCAUGUCGAAAUUAGAUAAACGACGUAAAGGCUUUUUCGGUCCACCAGUUGGACAAAAAUGCGUCGUUUUUGUCGAUGAUUUGAAUAUGCCACAAGUCGAACAGUACGGAGCACAACCCCCUAUUGAAUUAUUACGUCAAUGGCUUGAUCACAGCAAUUGGUACGAUCGAAAAGAUCAGACACGUAUUGGUCUCACUGAUAUGCAACUUAUUUGCGCUAUGGGACCGCCUGGCGGUGGCCGUAACGCAGUCACAGCUCGAUUUCUUCGUCAUUUCAAUACACUUGGCAUUAAUGAAUUUGAUGAUAAAGUUUUAACAACGAUAUUUACAAAGAUUAUGGAAUGGCAUAUUUCUACCAAGAACUUCAACGAUCAAUUUAAACUGGUUAUUCCAAUGAUUGUUCAAGCAACCCUCAAUAUAUACAAAGCUGCUCUUACAUCUCUACUUCCAACACCAGCGAAAUCACAUUACCUGUUCAAUUUACGUGACUUUUCACGUGUCAUUCAAGGUCUUGCAUUGAGCGAUCCAGAAUCGUGUCCUGACCCAGCUGCCAUGAAACGUAAUUGGAUUCAUGAAAUUCUUCGUGUAUUCUAUGAUCGUUUAAUUGACGAUGAAGAUCGUAAAUGGUUAUAUGAACAUGUUAUAAAAACUUCUCGAGAAGUUCUACAGGACAACUUACGUAGUUUAAUCUUCUGCGACUUUGGGGAUCCGAAAAAUGAACAACGGCGGUAUUUAGAAGUCACUAAUUUAGAACAGUUACGUACAGUUAGCGAACAGUAUCUUGAAGAAUUCAAGCAAAUGUCGAAAAAACCGAUGAAUCUUGUCCUCUUUCGCUUUGCUAUUGAACAUGUCUCACGUAUUUCACGUAUUGUUAAACAACCGAGAUCACAUGCUUUAUUAGUUGGUGUCGGUGGUUCUGGUCGACAAUCGUUAACACGUCUUGCUGCACAUAUGUCUGAGAUGGACACAUUUCAAGUCGAAAUCUCGAAGAGUUACACAGUUAAUGAAUGGCGUGAAGAUUUAAAACGUGCUCUACGUAAAGCAACCGAAACUGAUAAUCAUUUAGUCUUUCUAUUUUGUGAUACACAAAUCAAAGAUGAAUCAUUCUUAGAAGAUGUCAACAAUCUCUUGAACAGUGGUGAAGUACCAAAUCUUUUUCCAGCCGAUGAAAAAGCCGAAAUCUGUGAUAAAAUGCGAAUUCUCGACAGUGGUGAAGUACCAAAUCUUUUUCCAGCCGAUGAAACAGCCCAAAUCUGUGAUAAAAUGCGAAUUCUCGACAGACAACGUGAUAAAGUUAAACAAACCGAUGGUAGUCCAUUGGCUCUAUUCAAUAUGUUUAUUCAACGUUGCCGUGAUCAAUUACACAUUGUCCUUGCCAUGAGUCCAAUUGGUGAUGCUUUUCGAAGUCGUUUAAGAAAAUUUCCAUCAUUAGUCAACUGUUGCACGAUCGAUUGGUUCCAAAGCUGGCCUGAAGAUGCUUUAGAAGCAGUAGCACAGAAAUUCCUCGAAGAAACUGAUAUGACUGAUGAAGAACGUCGAUCUUGUAUCGAUAUAUGUAAAUAUUUCCAUGUUAGCACACAACAAGUCUCAAAGCGUUUUCUUGCUGAACUUGAUCGACACAACUACGUCACACCAACAUCGUAUCUUGAAUUGAUUAAUACAUUCAAAACGUUACUGGAGAAACGUCGUACGGCAUUGUUAUCAGCACGAACACGAUAUGAAGUCGGUUUAGAAAAAUUGGAGAAUGCAGCAUCGCAAGUUGGUAAAAUGCAAAAGACUCUUGAAAAUCUUCAACCACAACUUGUUGAGAUGGACAAAAAAGUCGAUGAAACGUUAGUUAUUGUCGAAAAGGAGAAAACCGAAGCCGUUCGUCAAGAACAAAUCGUUCGUGUUGACGAAGAAAAAGCUAACGAACAAAAAGCAGCUGCGGAUCAAAUCAAAGCGGAGUGUGACUUAGAAUUAGAAGCAGCUUUACCAGCAUUCCGAAAAGCCACUGAAGCUUUGAACACAAUCAGUUCAGAUCAAAUAGCUGAAAUGAAAGCAAUGAAAAAUCCACCUGCGGCAGUCAAAACCGUCAUGGAGGCAAUUUGCAUCUUACUCGGUGAACAAGCAGAGAAAGUUGUUGAUACAGCGACUGGUCAACGUAAAGAUGAUUGGUGGAAAACAUCUGUGCGUGUGUUAGGUAAUCAAUAUUUUUUGAAGAACUUGCUCAAUUACAAACGUGAUGAAAUUCCACCACAAUUGAUGAAACGUAUUCGAGACAAAUACGUACCGGAUCCGAAUUUUCAACCUGAUAAAGUCGAAACGGUGUCAAAAGCGUGCGCCGGUCUAGCAAAAUGGACAAUGGCUAUGGAUAAAUACGAUGUAGUCGCAAAAAUCGUUGCACCAAAGAAACAAGCCUUGGCAGCUGCAGAAAGUCAAGUAGCAAAAGCAGAAGGAAUUCUCGUUGAGAAACGUGCGCAUUUGAGAACCGUACAAGAAAAACUAGCAGUUUUACAACGGCAACUCGAUGCUAACUUAGCGAAGAAAGAUGAUCUAUCGAAACAAGUCAUGGAUUGUAAAACUAAAUUAACACGUGCCGAAACUCUAAUUGGUGGGCUUGGUGGAGAAAAGACACGUUGGAUGCAAGCAGCGAAGGAUCUGACACAUCAAUAUGAUAAUCUGAUUGGUGACAUUCUUCUCUCUGGUGGUAUCAUCGCUUACUUAGGAGCGUUUACUGCCGUCUUCCGUCAAGAUAUGAUCAGCGAAUGGAAUAAAUUAAUCGAAGAAAAAAAUCUUCCACGUUCCGCCGUUUUCUCCUUAGUCGGUACUCUGGGUGAACCAGUUGUCAUUCGCGCAUGGAACAUUGCUGGAUUGCCAAGUGACUCAUUUUCAGUUGAAAACGGUAUCAUACAAAGUAAUUCACGUCGAUGGCCAUUGAUGAUCGAUCCUCAAGGUCAAGCUAAUAAAUGGAUUAAGAACAUGGAGAAACCGAAAAAUUUACAUAUAAUUAAACCAUCGGAUUCGGAUUACGUUCGUGUUUUGGAAAAUUGUAUACAAUUCGGUCACCCUGUUCUCAUGGAAAAUGUCGGCGAAGAAAUUGAUCCGUUACUUGAACCGUUACUUUUAAAACAAACAUUCAAACAAGGUGGCAGUAUGUGUAUCAAACUUGGUGAUUCAGUCAUUGAAUAUUCACCAGAUUUUCGUUUUUACAUGACGACAAAAUUACGUAAUCCACAUUAUUUACCAGAAACAGCAGUUAAAGUUGCAUUACUGAACUUUAUGAUCACGUUUGAAGGUCUUCAAGAUCAAGUUCUAGGCAUUGUCGUCGCACGUGAACGUCCUGAGUUAGAAGAAGAGAAAAAUUCGUUAAUUAUUCAAGGAGCUGAAAACAAACGCAUGUUGAAAGAAAUCGAAGACAAGAUUCUCGAAGUUUUAAGUUCAUCAUCAGGCAAUAUUCUCGAAGACGAAGCAGCCAUCAACGUCCUGUCAAGCUCCAAAUUGUUAGCUAAUGAUAUCAGCGAAAAACAAUUGAUUGCCGAAGAAACCGAAAAGAAAAUCGAUGCUGCUCGUUUAGGUUACACACCGAUUGCUGUACAUUGUACAAUUCUCUUCUUCUCUAUUGCCGAUCUUGCAAAUAUCGAGCCAAUGUAUCAAUAUUCAUUAACAUGGUUCGUCAACCUAUUCAUCGCAUCCAUUGAGAAUUCCGAAAAGUCCGAAGAAUUAGACAUACGUUUGACAAAUCUUCGUAAUCACUUUACUUAUUCAUUGUACAGCAACAUCUGUCGAUCAUUAUUCGAAAAAGACAAACUCUUAUUUUCAUUCUUACUAUGCGUCAAUCUAUUGAAAUACGAAAAGAAAAUUGAUGAAGAAGAAUGGCGAUUCUUACUGACAGGUGGUGUGGCGUUAUCAAAUACAUUCUCGAAUCCAACAGCAUGGUUGCCACAAAAAUCCUGGGAUGAACUUGUUCGUUUAGAUGAAUUAACAGCAUUCAAAGAUAUACGAAAGAAUUUUCUCGCCCAAAAAGACGGUUGGAAGAUUGUGUAUGAUUCUCUUGAACCACAUCGAGAAAAAUUCCCUGAUGAAUGGCAGAAUUCACUGCGAGAUUUUCAACGUAUGUGUGUUAUACGUUGCAUUCGACCUGACAAAGUCGUGCCAGCUGUACAAGACUUCGUUCGUGAACAUCUUGGCCAGAAAUAUAUUGAACCGCCACCAUUUGAUUUGGCUAAAUCGUAUCAAGAUUCAACUUGUGUAACACCCAUUAUCUUCGUUCUGUCACCUGGUUCAGAUCCGAUGUCAUCUCUAAGUAAAUUCGCUGAUGACAUGGGUUUUGGUGGUGCAAAGAUGCCUUCGCUUUCAUUGGGUCAAGGACAGGGUCCAUAUGCUGUACAAAAUAUUCAAAAGGGUAUCAAAGAAGGCAACUGGGUGGUAUUGCAAAACUGUCAUUUAGCUCCAUCGUGGAUGCCUCAACUUGAAAAAAUUUGCGAGGAAUUCAACCCUGAUACAAUUCAUCCCGAUUUUCGUCUUUGGUUAACAUCAUAUCCCAGCAAUCAAUUUCCUGUUGCCAUAUUACAAAAUGGUAUUAAAUUAACCAACGAGGCACCAAAAGGAUUGCGUUUCAAUCUUUUACGAUCAUAUCUGAGCGAUCCAAUUAAAGAUCCUGAAUUCUUUAGCAGCGCAAAAAAUCCACGUUCAUGGAAAAAACUCUUGUUCGGUCUUUGCUUUUUCCAUGCUUUAGUACAAGAACGACGAAAAUUCGGUCCUCUUGGAUGGAACAUUCCAUAUGAAUUCAACGAAACUGAUCUUCGCAUUUCUGUUCAACAAUUGAACAUGUUCCUUAAUCAAUAUGAUGAUGUUCAAUACGAAGCUAUCCGCUAUCUAACAGGAGAAUGUAACUAUGGUGGUCGAGUAACGGACGAUUGGGAUCGACGAACAUUGAAAACUCUUCUUGCCAAAUUCUAUUGUACAGCAAUUAUUGAUUCCGAAGAGUUCCGUUUUGAUGAAAGUGGUCUCUAUUAUGCACCACGUGAAGGUGAUUAUGAUUCAUAUUUGGAUUACAUAAAAAAUUUACCGUUGAAUGCUGAUCCUAAUAUCUUCGGUUUUCAUUCGAAUGCUGAUAUUACCAAAGAUCAAAACGAAACCAAUCAACUAUUCGAAAAUAUCCUUCUUACACAGACUAAAUCAAACUCCAAAGGUUCGUCGGGAGGCACAGGUAAAACACCUGAUGAUCUCGUUAGUGAAGUAGCUACUGAAAUUCUUGGUAAAUUACCACCGAAUUAUAAUAUUGAAAUGGCCAUGCGAAAAUAUCCGACUGAAUAUAAACAGAGUAUGAACACUGUGCUUGUACAAGAAAUGGGUCGAUUCAAUCGACUUUUAUCGGCUGUUCGCCAGUCGUUAAUCGAUGUACAAAAGGCAAUCAAAGGUUUGGUUGUGAUGUCAGCCGAGUUAGAAGAAGUAUUCAUGUCAAUGCUGAAGUCCAAGAUCCCAAUAACAUGGAAAAAGAAAUCUUAUCCAUCAUUAAAACCACUAGGUUCCUAUGUACUCGACUUUAUUGCACGAUUGAAAUUUCUCCAGUAUUGCUUCAAAGAAAAGUAUAAUCGGGAGAAAAGAAUCGAGUCAAAAGCAAACGAAAGAAUGUUAUCGUUAACAGCACGAGCACGUGUUUUGUCGUUGUUUGGCGCAAUCGAACGCACAAAUCAAUGUUGCCCUAGUCAUGGCGGUGGACUUAAGAGUGAUUAUGCCUUCGAAAUGGCAUGCUCAACGAUUCGAUUCGGUCCUGGAGUUGUUGCUGAACUUGGCUAUGAUCUUCACAAUAUGAAAUGUUCGAAUGUCGCUGUUUUUACCGAUCAACGCGUCCGCCAGUUGAAAUCAUUUGAGAAUGUGAUUCGUGCAUUAGACGCAAAGAAAAUUAAAUACGAUAUCUUUGAUAACAUCCGUGUCGAGCCAACGGAUACAAGUUUCAAACAAGCAAUCCAUUUUGCUUGUCAAAAAAAUUUUGAUGGUUACGUUGCUGUCGGUGGCGGAUCAGUUAUGGAUACAUGUAAAGUAGCAAAUUUAUUUGCAUCAGCACCUGACAAAGAAGCAACCAAUUUUCUCGACUAUGUCAACCCACCUAUUGGUAAAGGUUUACCUGUCCGUCAUGCACUCAAGCCAUGCAUUGCUCUGCCAACAACGGCUGGUACUGGCAGCGAAACAACUGGUGUAGCCAUAUUCGAUUUUGAAGAACUACAUGCUAAGACUGGUAUUGCACAUCGUUCGAUGCGGCCAACACUCGGUUUGAUUGAUCCAGACUUUGUUCAAACCAUGCCAUCACGAGUGGCUGCUAAUUCUGGCUUUGAUGUUCUGUGCCAUGCUAUUGAAUCCUACACAGCUAUACCAUACAACGAACGAACGCCUCGACCACGUGAUCCAAUUGAACGGCCCACUUAUCAAGGUUCCAACCCAAUUAGUGAUAUUUGGUCGUUGGAAGCUCUGCGAGUUGUUGCAAAAUACCUCCGACGUGCCAUCGAAAACCAAAAUGAUGAUCAUGAAGCUCGAACACAAAUGCAUUUAGCAUCGACUAUAGCUGGCAUUGGAUUCGGUAAUGCUGGUGUUCACCUUUGCCAUGGAAUGUCCUACGGUAUAUCCGGUAAUGUUCGAGCGUAUCAUGCUAAAGAUUAUCCUAAAGAUCAUCCAAUCAUACCACACGGUCUUUCGGUUGUAAUGACAUCACCAGCUGUUUUUGAAUUUACUGCUCCAGCAUGUCCAGAACGUCAUUUAGAAGUUGCAUCAAUUCUAGCUACAGGUGGUGAAUCGAAAACGAAAUUUAUGAAUCGUUCGUCUAAAGAUGCCGGUAAAAUUCUAGCGGAUGUUUUACGCCAAUUCUUACAUAGUGUUCAUGUCGAUAAUGGUUUGAAAGCACUGGGUUAUACCAACGAUGAUAUACCAACAUUAGUCAAAGCAACUCUACCGCAACAACGUGUCACGAAGUUAGCACCGUUGACACAUACACAAGAAGAUUUAGCACGACUAUUCGAAAAUUCGAUGAAACUCUAUUGA